AUGGAAGAAACGCCUUUGUUUCAGGAGAAACUAGAGCAAGCCUUUGAAGACUGUAAGGAUGACAGUAUAUCGCUGGCUACCAUCAUGGACCUGUACGCAAUGCAGGUCAGUAAAGAAGGCGCAUAUGAGGAGCAAGCGAAGUUCUUAGAGGCAGUCUUGACAAACAUACAAAAGGACAAACACCUUAUAGAUCAAAUAGGGUGGGACUUGCCCAAAAUUUUGAUGCGAUUUAUAACAAUUCAAAACAUUGACUUACGAGUACCACUACUACAAAAUCGCAUCAUUGCCACUACCUUAAAAUGCUUCAACGAGAUCGCUCUUUUCGGCAACAGCAAGGAAUGCUUUCUGACCGGAUGCGAGCUUCUUGGAAGCCUCAAAAUGAAUCCAGAUGAGCAAACCGAAGAAGAGGAGGUUGGAGAAAAAAGCGACGUCGAAAAGACUGGAGAUGAAGCAAGCGCGCCCGAAAUUUCAUUGAAAAAACAAGAAGCUCAAAUUGCGCCCGAGGUGCUGGCGGAAAAUAUUCAUAAUCACAACAGAAGUCCGGAAGAAGUGUCUUUGGAAGUCAAGUUUCAUGCCCUGCUGGAACUGGUUGGGACUACUUUGAGAAGGAUAGAUACCUGCUACCCUUCUAAAUUUUUGGCAAUGGCUGUGAGUGCUAUAUUCAAUUUUGUGAGGCUGAAUGCCUCUUUCGUUGAUGACUGUGUGUUUGUUUUACGCCGAAUUUAUGCAUUUGCCCGAAACUAUAUGCCACCACAACCAAGCUCUGAGGCCCUCAAAGGGAUGUCAACUGAAGAGCUAGUGAAAAAUUUAGAUGACGAAAAUGCAUUGCAGCGCAAGCUCCUAAGGUGCCUAUUAACUUUCUCUUUGGGACAAAUGACUCGACUCAAAAUAAUGAGCUCAGCUAUCGAGUACUUUCUCAAGCUGAAGGGUGACUUUUCGAACAAUUUGGACUAUGAACAGCGUAUUUUUAUGAAAAACGUUAUCAGUCGUUUCUAUCAACUUGCUCUAUCAUUUGAUAUUGACCUAAAGGAGAGUUUUCUAGAUUUAUGCGUUAAAGAGUCGAAAGCUAUUUACAAGUCGCUGCCAUCAGACUCUGAAAUAGUUAACGAAGCUGCAAGAAAUGGUAUCACUCAGCUUGUCUAUCGCUUAGCUUACUCUUAUGAGCUUCAAAAAAAGAUCAAUGAAAAAAACCUGUCACUCGAUCCUAGUGGGAUUCUUGUGCUAGCAAGUUACCAUUAUCAAGAGACGGGAAAAGUCCUUUGUCCUGAGUUGAAAAUUGAUGGUGCUAUUUACAUGUUUCUAAGAUUCAUUACUCCAGAAAUGUGCGGUUUAUCCCCGAAAAGCUUGUACAUCGCCGACUGCUGCAACUUCUGGCUUUGGUCCGCAGUCACUAAUUCUUCAUGCAAAGAGAGUAGAAUGACACUGCAAAAGAUGCCUUCCUAUUUGAAUAUGACCUUUCUUCAAAUCUUACUUCUUAGGUCAUUUCGUGAACCACAAGAGCAAUUGAGAAUGGUCUCCUUCACUCUGCUGACUAGGCUUUUGUGUUUGAUGCCGGAAAAUACAUCUUUUGAAUUUGCAAAGGACACUUUAUUGAGCUGUCCAUUCAAUGACUUGAAAUGUUGCAUUUUGGGAAUUUUAAAAGAUUUAAUGUUAAACAACAGCUCUGGAGACGAUAUUACUGCAAAAUUGUCGAAAUUAAAAGUCUCAAAUGCGCCAGAAGAUAAAAGCGUGCCACCACUACCCGCCAGAUCUUUUGUUCAAAUUAACGAUGACAGGAUGGCGACGAUUCACAGCCUAGCAAUGAUGAGUUUCGAGGACUCUAAGGAAACUACAGACAAAAGUUGUCUUAGGUUGCUACUCACCUACUUGAAUUUCUUUACUGGUCUAAGGUUCAAAUGGGAUAGGUAUCUACUUAAAGACUUUAGCAAGCAGGUUUCCGAGUUUUUGGGUUCCGUGAAACUGGAGGACCAGCCAGAAUAUGGGUUCAUCGAGAUUGCAAACCAAAAUUUGGCAUCUUUCCUGUCACAAUGA